AUGGAGGUUCAUCCUACUACAAUGGUGGUUUGCGAAUAUCCUAAAUGCUACGGUGGUGACUCGAGGAUGUGUGGGUACUACGAAGAUGGUCUCACUGUCAUCAAUGGCAGUGGUGGAGUAAGUGCAAAGCAGAGGGCUCAUAGAUAUCCUAAAUGUUACGAGUUGACUCGUGGAGGUGUGGGUGUUAUGGUGGUGGCUCGAGGAUGUAUGGAUACUAUGAUGGUGGUCUUCUUUGUUGUUGUCAAACUGCUACUAUUGACAAUGACAAAACAGGUGCAAAGUAGUGCAACUCGCACCACUGACAACUUUCAGUGGCGGCUCGCGGUGACAACUGGUGGUUGUAGGUCGUUGAAAAUAAUGUACGUCAUAGUGCAGUGA